UUUUAUCAACUGUUUAAUCCAGCACGUGAUUUCCAUCAGACUUUUCCCACACAGCUGCAACAGGACUACAGAAAGUCCGUCUGACUGAGAAAGCGCUCAAACUGUCUAUAUGGCUAAAAGAACAGGCUGACCAUCGACAUUAUCACUGUAAACAUAGGCGCGCGGCAGUUGAAGAUUCAUCACCAUAAAGCCAUGCGCGCGCUUCUGUUGCUGUCCAUCUGUGUCCUGUCAGCGGUCAGUGCACAGGAGCCUGAUGCUGCUCACGGCUGCACUCAUGGAAGCUGCUAUCCUGCAACCGGUGACCUCUUGGUGGGUCGAGAAGCCAACCUAAAAGCAUCGUCCACCUGUGGCCUGCGGAGGAGAGAACCCUACUGCAUUGUCAGCCAUCUACAGGAGGAGAAGAAGUGUUUCCAGUGUGAUUCACGACGGCCUUACGAUCCUCAGUCAAACCCCGUGAGCCACCGCAUCGAGAACGUCAUCACCACCUUCAAACCACAUCGCAAGAAGUCCUGGUGGCAGUCGGAGAAUGGGAAGUCUGACGUUUACCUUCAGCUGGACCUGGAGGCUGAGUUUCACUUUACUCAUCUCAUCAUGACAUUUAAGACUUUCCGUCCAGCAGCCAUGUUGAUUGAGAGAUCUGCAGAUUUCGGCCGAAGCUGGCAGGUCUACCGUUACUUCGCUAACGACUGCGAGUCCAUCUUUCCCGGAAUUUCCCAGGAUCCUCUUCGAAAGGUUGAUGAUGUCAUCUGCGAGUCCAGAUAUUCUGAUAUCGAGCCGUCGACAGAAGGAGAGGUGAUUUAUCGCGUUCUUGACCCUGCUAUCCGGAUCGAGGACCCUUACAGCCCGAGAAUUCAGAACCAGCUGAAGAUCACAAAUCUUCGCCUGAACCUCACCAAGCUGCACACUCUGGGUGACAAUCUGCUGGACUCACGGCCGGAAAUCAAGGAGAAGUAUUACUAUGCCAUGUAUGAGCUGGUCGUCAGGGGCAACUGCUUCUGCUAUGGCCACGCCUCCGAGUGUGCGCCAAUUGAGGGCAUCAGGGAUGACAUUGAAGGCAUGGUUCACGGGAGAUGUGUGUGCAAACACAACACCAAAGGACUGAACUGUGAACAGUGUGAAGACUUCUACAAUGAUCUGCCCUGGAGACCAGCAGAAGGCCGGAAUACUAAUGCCUGCAAGAAAUGCAACUGUAAUGGUCACUCCAACCAGUGUCAUUUUGACAUGGCGGUGUAUUUGGCCACGGGGAACAUCAGUGGAGGUGUGUGUGACAACUGUCUUCACAACACCAUGGGCAGCAACUGUGAGAGCUGUAAACCUUUCUACUACCAGGAUCCAACUAGAGAUAUUAGAGACCCUGGAGUCUGUGUGGCUUGUGACUGUGAUCCAGAUGGUUCUAAGAAUGGUGGCGUUUGUGAUGGCCAUGAUGACCCUUCUCUGGGCAUGAUCGCUGGACAGUGCCGCUGUAAAGACAAUGUUGAAGGUUCACGCUGUGAUAAAUGCAAGCCUGGUUUCUUUGGCCUGAGUGCUAGUGAUCCACGGGGUUGCCAACCAUGUAAAUGUGACCCGAGGGGUACGGUUUCCGGCAGCUCCCAAUGUGACCCUGUGAGCGGAGACUGCUUCUGUAAACGCCUGGUCACUGGACACAGCUGCAACCAAUGUCUGCCUGAGCACUGGGCCUUGAGUCAUGAUGCCAGUGGCUGCAGAGGGUGUGACUGUGAUGUGGGCGGAGCUACAGAAAACCAAUGCUCAAUGGAAACAGGGCAGUGUCAGUGUCGAAGCCACAUGAUUGGUCGCCAGUGCAACCAGGUGGAGUCUGGGUACUUUUUCAUGGCACUUGACCACUACAUCUAUGAAGCUGAAAAUGCCAAACUGGGUCAAGGCUCUGUUUUUGAAGAAAGAGAGUACCAGCCGGGACGCCCCAUCUCAUGGACAGGCACGGGCUUUGCACGAGCUCCUGAGGGCGGGACGCUGGAAUUCGCAAUUAACAACAUCCCAUACUCUAUGGAAUAUGACGUCCUGAUUCGCUAUGAGCUUCAGAUGCCACGGGACUGGGAAGAGGUACGUGUAAUGGUGAUUAGACCUGGUCCUAUACCUACCAGCAGUCCAUGUGGAAACACCAUCCCUGCAGAUGAUCUGCUAACGGUGUCACUUCCCUCUGGUGCCAGGUUUGUGGUUCUGCCUCAGCCGGUGUGUUUGGAGAGUGGUGUGAGUUACAAACUGCGCGUGGAGCUCAUCCGUUACACUGACAGGAACAGCAUCAUUACCUCCACCAAUGCCUUUGUGCUUGUUGACUCUAUCGCACUUCUCCCCCGUUACUCGUCUCUGGAGAUGUUUACUGCAGGAGACCCGGCCUCUGUCGCACGCAAGCAGAGUUUCGAGCGUUACCGCUGCCACGAAACUGCCAAGAGUGUGUCCCGUCCACAGAUGAGUGAAGUGUGUGCCAAACUCAUCACCAGCAUGUCUGCCCUCAUUAAUGACGGUGCACUGGCGUGCGAGUGUGAUCCUCAGGGUUCGCUCAGCUCUGAGUGUGAUGUUCGUGGUGGUCAGUGCCGCUGCAGGCCCAACAUAUCAGGCCGGCGCUGUGAGAAAUGUGCACCAGGAGCUUACGGCUUUGGGCCUUCUGGAUGCAAACUUUGUGAAUGCAGUUUGGAGGGCUCUCAGAGCCGGUUCUGUGACCUGUACUCAGGACAGUGUCCAUGCCGGCAUGGAGCAUAUGGCCAGCGUUGUGAUGGUUGUCAGGCAGGACACUGGGGCUUCCCAAACUGCAGGCCAUGUCAGUGUAACGGACAUGCUGACGAGUGCCAUCAGAGGACUGGAGCCUGUCUCAACUGCAGAAGCAAUACAGCAGGAGACAAAUGUGAAAGGUGUGCUAAUGGCUACUAUGGAAACCCAGUCCUUGGUUUAGGGAGUCAGUGUCGGCCCUGCCCCUGUCCUGAGGGCCCCAACAGUGGACGCCACUUUGCUGCCUCUUGUUACCAAGACAACCGCAGUCAACAGGUGGUCUGCAACUGCAACCAGGGUUACACAGGUCCACGUUGUGAUGAAUGUGCUCCUGGUUAUUACGGUGACCCGUCUAAGCCCGGUGGCCAGUGCCAGCCAUGUCGUUGCAGUAAUAACAUCGACCUGUCGGAUCCUGAGUCUUGUGACAAGCGCACUGGCCAAUGUCUGAAGUGCCUGUACAACACUGAAGGGCCUGACUGUAGUGUGUGCCGGAGUGGAUACUAUGGAGAUGCCUCUCGACGCAACUGCCGGAAGUGCACCUGCAACUUCCUAGGCACAGAGCGCAGUCAGUGUCUGUCUCGAGAUGACUGUGUGUGUCAGCGUGCCACAGGUCAGUGUCAGUGUCUGCCUAAUGUUAUUGGACAGACCUGUGAUCACUGCGCUCCAAACUCCUGGAACCUGGCUAGUGGACAAGGCUGUGAGCCCUGCGCAUGUGACCUUAACAAUGCCUACACAUCUGCCUGUAAUGAGUUCACAGGCCAGUGCCAGUGUCGUGUUGGGUUUGGAGGAAAGACCUGUACAGACUGCCAGGAGAACCACUGGGGUGACCCAAGAGUGCUAUGUCGAGCAUGUGACUGUGACCCCCGUGGCAUUGAGUCAUCCCAGUGCAACCGUAUGACGGGUCACUGCGUGUGCCAGCAGGGCGUUUCUGGUGUCCGCUGUGAUCAGUGUGCCCGUGGCUUCUCUGGAACCUUCCCUGAUUGUAAGCCUUGCCACCAGUGUUUUGGGGACUGGGACCGUAUCGUUCAGGAUUUGGCCACCAGAACUAAAGACCUCACAGAUCGAGCCAAGGAGCUUCAGACCACCGGCCUGACUCGAGCAUUCGAGAGACGCUUUAAGGAGCUGGAGGACAUGCUGGCACAAGCACGGGACAUUGUUAAUGCCCGCAAUGCCACUGCUGAGGCUGUGACCACUCUGAUGGGCAUGAUAGAGGUUCUUAGAGCUCAGAUUGGCGAGACCACAGACACACUGAACCAACAGGAGGGAGACCUGACCGCUGUGCAGGACAGUAACUAUGAGGCCAGUAAUGCUUUAAGCACACUGGAGAGAGAAGCAAAAGAGCUCAACCUGAACGCAGAUCAGCUUAACCGUCAGCUUGACAUCCUCAAGAACUCCAACUUUUUGGGUGCAUAUGACAGCAUCCGGGCCUCGUAUAAUAAGUCACGUGACGCGGAGCACCGAGCAAACAGAUCUACCACUGACACUUCCAGCACAGUCAGCCAAUCAGCAGACACUCGCAAGAAAACAGAGCGGCUGAUUAGCCAAAAGAGAGACGAUUUUAACCGCAAGAAUGCUGCUAACAAGCGUACACUCACAGACUUAAAUGCAAAAGUUCAGAAUCUGGACUUAAAGAAAAUCAACGAAAAGGUGUGUGGAGCUCCGGGUGAUGCUCAGUGUGUUGACAGUCCUUGUGGAGGUGCUGGUUGUCGUGAUGAUGAAGGCAAGCGUCGAUGUGGAGGCCUGAAUUGUAAUGGAGCUGUUGCAGUGGCGGACACUGCUCUGGACAGAUCCAAACAUGCAGAAAAAGAGCUGGAUAAAGCGAUGGGGGUAGUGGAGGAGCUUUUUAAGCAGGUGGCAGAUGCUAAGACCAAGGCCCAGGAAGCGAAGGACAGAGCUCAGGCAGCUCUGGAAAAAGCUAGCGAUACCAAGAACAAAGUGGAUCAUUCUAACAAUGAUCUGAGGGACCUCAUCAAACAAAUACGCCAAUUCCUCAUGCAGGAGGGCGCAGAUCCGGACAGCAUUGAGGCGGUGGCAAAUCGUGUGUUGGAGCUCUCAAUCCCUGCCUCUCCCAAGCAGAUCCGACACCUCGCAGAUGAGAUUAAAGACCGUGUCAAGAGUCUGUCCAAUGUGGACGCCAUUCUGGAGCAAACACAAAAUGAUGUCCGCAAAGCAGAGCAACUGCUGCUGGAUGCAAAGAAAGCCAGGAAUAAGGCAGAGGGGGUGAAGAACACAGCUGAGGGUGUGAAAAAGGCCCUGAAUGAUGCCAGCAGAGCCCAGGCUGCAGCAGAGAAAGCCAUCCAGAAAGCUAAGAAUGACAUUGGCUUAACUCAGAACCAGCUGGCACAGAUCCAGUCAGAGACCUCCGCUAGUGAGAGAGAUCUUAAUGAUGCAGUGGACAGACUGGGAGACCUCGAGCGCCAGAUCGAGGCAUUAAAGACCAAACGUGCCAACAACAGCCUAGAUGCUGCACGGGCAGAGGAGACGGCCACCAUGGCACGGGACAAAGCCAACGAAGCCAAAGAGAUCCUGGAUGGCGAGCUGUCCGAUAAGUACCGUACUGUUCAGGGUCUGAUGGACAAUAAGGCGAAAACCAUGCAGGACGCCAAGCAGAAAGCAGAGCAGUUGAGAGAUGAAGCCAAGGGGCUGCUGAAAGAUGCACAGGAUAAACUGCAGAGGCUGGCGGAGCUUGAAAAGGACUAUGAAGAAAACCAGAAGGUAUUGGAAGGCAAAGCCAGGCAGCUGGAUGGCCUGGAGGAUAAAAUGAAGGCGAUCCUGAAUGCAAUCAACAGGCAGAUUCAGAUCUACAACACCUGUCAAUAAUCCAAAACAGCUGGACUGAACGGAUCUGCCAUUUGACUCUUUUCCACAGGCUGCUAACAUUUGCCAGCAAACCUACAGUACGAUGCCAAACUGCCAUCAGACACACUGUGUGGAUCAGAUGUUGCUUUAAUAAAGGGCUACUGUUAUAUUGACACUACAUUAACACGCUUUCAUUAUAGAGUUGAAUGAAAUGCAGAUGUGUCUUGUACGGCAGAGAAGUGUUUCUUGUCAUGUGCUUGUAAAAUACUGUAAACAAUUUAUAAUGAAGAUUUGCAGAGUUUGCUUGAAUGUAAAAGACACUGAAUUGUGGCACAGAAGUUUUAGUGUAUUCUUUUAACAGUUAUUGGUUGAUAUUGUGUAAUAACACAAAUUUUCUAAUGAGAAACACUUUAGAUUUGUUGUCUUCUGAAGAAAAUAGUUUCAAUAUUAGACUGAAUGUCUGUCAGAGAAACUACUGUAAGAACGGACUGACUGAGAUAUUAUUAAAUAAAGUAAAAUGAAAAGUUGUCUAUAAGCCAA